GAUUGCUUGAAUUUUAGGUUAUAAGAUGUGUCAAAAAAAUGGAAAUGUCAAAAUAAGGGAUGUUUUCUAAUUAUUGGCGAAUUUUUCAAGUUGAAGUAAUUUUCAGCAAGAAUUGAAUGUAAAUGACAAACGUUAUGACCGGAAUUACAAAGGCUCAGAAACGCAAAAACGGUGAAAAGAAAAAUAACGAUGUGAAAGAAACAACAACUCCUUACCGCUAUGGCCCUAUGCCAAAAUUUCCAAAUCAGCGCAUUUGGAGCCGCGGUAUUGUCAUAUUAGGAGUUCUUUUGUAUGUUUGGUAUACAUCAAAGGACGGAAAAGAAGUGUCUUUAGCAAAACAGAAAGAUAUUUUGCCCAUAAGAGGACAAACGGUGGAGUGUGACUCCAAAUACUUGGAUGAAAUUACACAAUUCCCCACUUGUGUUCCAAUUAAAUGUGGAAGAUUUGUUUCUGAUAAACUUGUCACAAUUAAUGAAGCAGAGACACUUCUGAAUGUGGCGAAAAAAGGAAUAAGUUUAGGAGGGUCCUCUGGAGGAGCUUCAAUACUAGAUAUCCAUUCAGGCGCACUUUCUUUUGGGGAGAAAUUUGUAAAUAUUUACACUUUGAAAGGAUCUGAAAAGUUUAUCACAGCCUCAGAUUUAACAAUUUAUAAAAUUGUUAAAAAUAAAAUUAAACAUGCAAUUGCGGAAAAUUUUGGUAUAGACAAGGAGAGUCUGUACUUGACGCAUCCAACUUUCUUUUCUAAAUUGUCUAACUUGGAGUCAAAAACGCCUCAUGAUGAGUAUUGGCACAUUCAUGUGGACAAGGAAACUUAUGAGUCAUUUCACUACACAUCGUUAUUGUAUCUUACGGAUUUUAAUGUUGAGUUUAAAGGAGGACGUUUUGUGUUUGUAGACAAUGCUGAGAAACCGAUGAAAAACGUUACAGUCGAGCCUAGAAAAGGAAGAGUCUUGAUGUUUACAUCAGGUGCUGAAAAUCCUCACUUUGUUGAAAGGGUGACCUCUGGGGUUAGAUACGCAAUUACUGUUUCGUUCACUUGUGACAAAACAAAGUCAAUCAGUGAUCCAACAGCACAUUAGCUAGUCAAGGGCAGUAAGUAAUUAAAGUACUUAAACAUUCCUUAGUAAGUAUUAGUAAUUACUGUAAAUGCGAUUAGAUAACUGUUAUUCGACCUGUAUUUAUUUUAAAAUACAGCAUUGUUCAAGUAUUGUGAAAAUGGGUAUUAAAAAACAUAACAGACUC